AUGGCAGGCACCUCUAGUGGCGGGUCUCUCAAGAGACCUCACCAGCUCGACGAUGAUGGCACGUCUCAGAAGAGAUCGCGCUCGAACAAUGGGUCUCCAGCACCCCCAACACCUCCCCCGAAAGUCGAUAUGGCGAAGGCGAUUGCAGAAGCCAAGGCAAAGGCAGAAGCUGUUCGUGCUAGACUAAACGCUCAGGGGACGGGAGGAGCUGCCUCAAUACCUGCUGCGGGUCCUUCGGCACAACAAUCUGGAGGAGCAUCGCCGGCUAUGUCUAGGCUUGAACAAAUGAAGGCAAGGGUUGCGGCAGCUACUGGGAAGAUAAAUAUUUCUGCGACUAAACCACCACAACCUGCACCCAGUUUUGCUCCCAUUCCUCCUCCUCCGUCUAAUGACGAUAGUAUGAUGAGGGCAAGAGGGGGUCUGGAUGUCGGUUUGCAUCCUGCACUCCUUGGAGACAGCGGGCAAGAUAACCGAACCACAAAAGGGAAACAAGCCAUGCAGCCGAAAUUUGCAACAACUAUGGCGAACUUUCGAUCCGAGUCCUUUACUCCACCUAGUCGAGGGAAAACGCCUCUUGAUUUAUCUGGCCCAUCUAUAGAAGAAACUAGGAAUAACCCAUAUUUCGAUCCCAGCUUCGGCUCCAGGUCUGUAGCUGCUCAGCCCCGUCACACGCGCCAGCUUAUCUUUAAUCAAAAGGGGAAAUAUAUUCAACAAGCCGCGGCUCUGAGAAGGCAGGCUCAGCUCGAAGCUAUGAAAAAACGGAUUGCAGAGCGAGCUCGACAGGCCGGUAUAGAUGAAGACCUCGAUGUUGAAAAAUCCUACCUUGUGGCUGCACCUCCGGCAAUUGAAUGGUGGGAUGAAGGGCUGGUGAAUGGAACAGAUUAUACUGCAAUCGACGAUCCCAGCAACCUGAAGAUUGAUACCCCAGAUUCUGUUAUUACGAUAUAUAUACAACACCCAGUCCUUCUCGAACCCCCGCAAGACAAGAAUAUACCUGCUCCGAAACCCAUGUACCUGACCCCCAAGGAACAAGCAAAGAUUCGUCGACAACGGCGUAUGGCGGAUCUUAAGGAACAACAAGCUAAGAUCCGUCUUGGAUUGGAGCCUGUACCCGCUCCGAAAGUCAAAAAGUCAAACCUUAUGAGAGUACUGGGUGAGGAUGCAGUUAAGGAUCCUACUGCUGUUGAGGCCAGAGUCAACCGUGAAAUUGCUGAGCGCGCGCAAAAACACCAAGACGCCAACGAAGCUCGAAAACUCACAAAGGAGCAACGGCAUGAGAAAUUGGCAUCGAAACAAGAAUUGGAUGCCGCCAAGGGAGUGUGUGUGUCUGUCUACCGCAUUGACAGUCUGGCAAAUGGCCGUCACCGAUUUAAGAUUAACAAGAACGCAGAACAGCAUGCACUUACUGGUAUCUGCAUCAUGCACCCCAAGCUCAACAUCGUGAUUGUAGAAGGGGGCGCUCACUCUAUCAACGCUUAUAAAAAGCUGAUGUUAAAUCGCAUUGACUGGACUGAAAAUUCAGGUGCCAACUCCGUGCGAGAAGGUAACCGUGAAGCGCUGACUUCUUGGCUAGCUGCAGAGGAUGAGAAGGGAGAACUCAAAGACUUGAGUCUAAAUACCUGUACAUUAAUCUGGGAGGGGGAGGAAAAAAACCGAGCGUUUAGGAAAUGGGUCGGCGCUCGAGUAUGUGAGACUGAUGGCGCAGCAAAGGAUCAGCUAGCAAGGGCAAAGAUGGAGAAUUUUUGGGCUCUGGCAAAGAGUAUAAAACCUAACACUACAUAG